AUGAUGAUGGACCUCGGACCUUCUGCAACUGUAUUUGCCCCGGUUAGAAUAGGGCUUGAGGUUGUUUUGGCUCCAACCGCCACGCCAACAUGCCAACCACGCAGCCGUGCCAUUGACAUCCGGCAAGCAGCAUCGGUUGAAACCUGUGGCUUCAUUGGCGGCGAUCCUGAUAACCCCGUCACCUGCGGCAGUUCUUUGUAUUGCGCGACAACCAGCACGUAUGUCGGCUGUUGCGAGUCUACAAACUGUGUGGGCCUUUUUACUACGUGCUACGAUCUCCUCGGAAAUUCCUGCGAUGCCAGUUGUCAGAACAACCCAGAGAACUUGGUCUGUCCGACAGCGCUGCCGUACUGCGCCCUGUAUAAUUAUGAAGGAGGCUCUGUCGGCUACGGUUGCGCCCAAGAUCGUGGGUUCACCACAACUGUGUUGCUCACGACCAAACAAACCCUCGGUCAGAUCACAACGUCGUCAUCAACGCCGACAACGAGUCCAAUAUCAACGUCGACGCCAAGCCCGACCCCAGAACCGGCGUCGUCGGGCUCUUCUCUGGGAGGUGGAGCAAUAGCUGGUAUUGUUAUUGGCGCUGUGGCUGUUCUUGCUUUUAUCGUAUUUGGCAUAUGGUUCAUGCGCAGAAGAAAGUCAAAGAAAACGGCAGCGACGACUCCAUCGUAUACUCAUGUUGCACGGGAAGAAACAAGCCCAGAAAUGCAAGAUCGUCAUACCGUCGCUUCAACCGCUUUCUCCGAUUCGACAACCGCCUACGCUUUACCGAGUCCAAGAACCGAUGCAUGGAAACAAUCAUGGCAGAGCCAGAGUGACCAAGAUUCUUCUUACGCUGCAGCGAAAGGAUAUUCGACCCCAAGAAUUCCUCCAGGUAGUCCUGGUUUUCCAGCUGAAAUGCCCGCUCCAGAGUCACAGACGGCUCCCAGCGAAUUAGACGGCUCAACACAGACCAAAUACUAA